AAUGACUAAGGAUGGACAAACAGAGGGAGGGAAGGAAGGACGGUAAGACAGAAAAAAAGAGAUGGUGGAAGUGAGUGAGAGAUGGGCAGGGAGGUAUAAAGAGAGGGAGGGAGUAAUCUACGAGGCAGCCAUAUAGAGGGAGAGGUGACAGAGUGGAUCAUCCUCUCCUCCCUGCCAGUGCCACCAUGUUCCUCCUGCAGAUGUUGACUGUCCUCUGUCUCACUGCUGUCUUCAUGGCAUCUGUGGAAGCUAAUGGCGUGCAGAUGCAGAGAGAUGUCCAGUGCUGCAUGUUGUACUCCCAGGGCAAGGUGCGUACCAAAGAUGUGCUGCGGUUCGAGGUGCAGACCGAGGGGCCCGACUGCAAUAUACAAGCCAUCAUUCUUUACACAAAGAAGGCAGUGAAAUGUGCAGACCCGAGAGAUCGGAAGGUGAAGCGGUUGCUGAGGAAACUCCAGCAGAGACAAAUCAAGCCAAUGUGGUUACUUCCUCGUGAAAACCUGCCCGUCAUGUCAGAGAUGUGCAGUGAUGGACUCCAUCAAAAGUUGAGACAAACUUGUAGUCAAAUGCCAAGUAAACUUCCAGCAGCUCGUUGUCUUUCCUCUGCAACGCUUGCUGAAAAUCCAGUCAUCCUGCGUCUCUUUAUCUGUCUCCUCGGGACCAGAUCUGGGCAGCAAUACAUAUUCAAAAUGGCUUUAGAUAUUAAAACAUGAGCUGUGCGACAUGUGGCUGGAACUCUCUCAAACGAGGAAUAUUAUUUGUAAGAUAAGCUGGAGUGAUUUCUUUUUUCAAUGGCUUAAACUGUUAUUCGCCAGAGUCUGCCUGAAAGUAUCGCCUUCUAACAUAUUGUAAACACUUGUGGCUGAUGUGAGAUCAGUGAAACAGUUGUACUAAAAUCAGCAGUGAUAUUCAUGUAAAAUAUCAACAAUAUAUUCUGUGCAUAUUUGUGACAUGUAAACCUUACACAUGUAAUGAUACAUCAGAGUGUAGUUCUGUGGUUUUGUCACACUCAGCUGAAUGUGCAGAAUAGUAGGAAACAUGUUUUUAAUGAUAACUGGCACCUUGCUGUUUUCCUUUCUACUUAUUUAUAGAAGGUUAAACUUAUUUCCAUCUUGACUGUUUGUAAACUGUUCAAACGAGGCCCUCCAGAGUCUCGCAUUUUUCUCGCUCACAUUUGUCUUUUUUCCCACCAACAGUCUCGUCCCUCAACUAUGCCAAAGUUUUCACUAGUCAUUUCAUUUCACGGUCAGGCUGUUGAAACCUUAGAGGGCUUAUUUGUGUGUGAACCGCACAAGCAUUGUGUUGUAGAAAAAUGAACAGUGUCUCUAGUGGAAUAUUUUAUAAAUUAAUCUGAAAUAAUAA